GCAGACUUCAUCCCAGGGUCGCAAACUCACUGGAUUUGCAGUUGUACCGUUUGAGGGCUCAGAACCAGCAGCUCAGCGCCUGUGAUGGUGCAGGGCUGCAGCCGUCCUCUGCAGACCGCAAACAGCAUCUGGGCGAAGCUUGCAAGGGUCCAUUCAAGGGAGACGUUUUUAGCUGUAAAGCUUUCUUGCAUCUGUUUGCAUUCCUGUGUGGUUAAAUGCAUCACCAUGAAGCACCAAUCUAUAUCCCGCUGGCUGAGCCAACUUGGACUGCCUCAGUACUGCGUGGUGUUGGAGCAGGAAUAUGAUGGUGUAGAGGAUCUGCUCCAUCUCUCAGAAUAUGACCUCCUGGAGCUUGGCGUCCACAAUCAUCUCCAUCGGCUGCACCUCCUGACUUCCCUGCAUCUCCUUCAAGAGCGAGAGAAGAGGAGAGAGUUAAGGAUGAUGGCUGAGGGGCGUUUUGCCAGUCUGCCCAGGUCCCUACAUGCACAUCAUCACACCUUAGGAGGGAGUUCUGCUCACUCUGGAGCACCCAUUACCUCCCUUGGUGGCCCCAGCAAUGGCCCCUGCUCACCCAGAAAGCUCAAAUUUUCAAUGGAUCUCCAUGGCUCCAAUCCUUGCCACCCUUCAGGGCUUGCCGGCAGCUUGUCUGAACCCACUGCAGCCUACCAGCCAGUCUCACUGCAUGGAACGUUGCCCCGUCGCAGAAGAGGAGAAACCAACAUCAACCAGAGCAACCACACAUGGGAACCAAAAACAAAUCAGGAGCAGACGUUACUUUCUGGAAAGACAUUACUGCCUCCAGGACACAACUUUCAGCCUACAACACCCUGUUCGGGUGAGAACAUCAGCAAUGACUUCAAAAGUAUAAGGGAUCCUGUAGCUGCUCUGGAUGCUGCAGUCGACUAUGUUAAGUUCUCCAGGGAUCAGUUUAUCCUGGACUGUUCCUUGGAGAAGCUCCGCAGGGAGCUGGAGGAGGAACUGAAGAUGAACUGCGAGGAGCCAAGAAGUCACGCUUGGUACCACGGAGCAAUUCCCAGACAGGUUGCAGACAGCUUGGUGCAACGUGACGGAGAUUUCUUGGUACGGGACUCACUCUCCAGCCCAGGAAGCUACGUUCUGACCUGCCAGUGGAGAAACUCUGCUCAGCACUUUAAAAUCAACAAGCAGGUUGUGAUCCUGAAUGAAGCCUACUCCAGAGUUGAGUAUCGGUUAGAUAAAGAGGGAUUUGACAGUGUUCCUGCACUCAUCAGAUACUACGUUGGAAACAGAAAACCCGUCUCACAGGUGGUCGGAGCCAUCAUCUUCCAGCCGAUCAACAGAACGUUCCCGCUGCGCUACUUGGAGGAGAAGUACGGACUGUCGACCAACCACAAAGAGGCGGGGCUGAUGGUGCAGGAGAGGAGGAACCAGAACCGUCUUAGCCUCAACAUCCCUAACGGACACGAUGCUGCACACAGCGCCAUCGAUGGCCAACCCAGCCAGGAGAGCGGCUUCAUCCGAGGCAGCCAAGUCAGGUUGAAGGAGCGCUGCGGUAGUCAGCCAGCGAGUCUAAAUCAAGUCCAGGAGAAGCGACGUCCGCUAAAGGCGCACCAAUCAGAGAGCUUCCUUCCCCUAGGAUCAAAACCGCAGCCCCAGCAGUCCCCCGACCCGAUGCUCCCCAGCACAGGUCCAAAGCUGCCUGUGUUUCGGACUGGCAGUGAGCCGGUGCUGAGCCCGUCACUCCAACGUAGAUCUGCAGAACCAUUAGCAGGCCAAGCGAUUAGAGGCUCCGACAGCCAGCUGUGUCCCAAACCCCCUCCCAAACCCAGCAAAGUUCCCCUGGCUCGGCUGCCCCGUCCGCUCUGCCUGCAGCCCCUGAUGCCCCCCUCCAGUUGCUCCACCUCCUCCAGCCUGGCUCCUUCUCCUCUGAGCUCCACACCUGGGGAAAACCUGGCUUCUUCAUGGAGGAGUGGAGGUCCACCUGUCCCUCCAGCGAAGCCCCAGAAGUUUCGACACUUUCCUCUUGCAGAUUCCUCGGCUCCACCCAGUUCUGAUGUCCAGCGUCCUGAUUCAGAGGUGAUAACAGGAAGGAUGGAGCAGCUGCAGCCGAGUCCUGCUGACCUGAGGUCCUGCAGCCCACAGGGAUCAGAGUGGGAGCAACCAAACAAACCGAACACGCCGUUCCACAGCUAUGUAGAGAGACUGGAGACAGACGGCGAGAAGGAGGUGGAAGGCCAGAAAGUACUGGACAGAAGCUCCUACCAUCACGCCAUAGCAGCCUUAGAAAACACAAGUGAGGAAGAGGAGGGAGACUCAGGGACGGAGGAGGAUGGAGGUAUUAGGAGAGAAAAGGCUAGAUGUAAUUUUUUGCAUCCGGUGGUGGAAGCGGAAUCAACAUUCCGACCGGCGGAGUUUGACUCCCGUCUUUUGCCACCUGAAAACAAACCGCUGGAGAUGGCUGUCCUGAAGAGAGCGAAGGAGCUGCUGCUGAGCCACAAUCAUCAGAGCAUAGCCAGACACCUGCUGAUGGCCGACUGUCAGGUUGCGAGGAUCCUCGGUGUAACUCCGCAGCUUAAAGGUCAGAUGGGCGUUUCGUCGGGUCUGGAGCUGGUGACUCUGCCGCACGGCCGACAGCUGAGGCUGGACCUAAUGGAAAGGCAUCACACCAUGGCGAUAGGCGUUGCUGUGGAUAUUCUGGGAUGCACAGGCACAGUGGAGGAGCGGGCGUCUACCUUGAAUCGCAUCAUCCUCGUUGCCAUAGAGCUGAAGGACGCAGUGGGCGACCUGUUUGCAUUUACGGCCCUAAUGAAAGCUCUGGACAUGCAGCAGAUCAGCCGCCUGGAGGAAACUUGGACGACUCUACGAAGGAACUAUACUCAGACUGCCAUCAGCUACGAGAAAAUCCUCAAACCUUUCUACAAGAGACUGUAUGAAGGCGAAGCUCCCUCUCCUUCUCUGGUCUGCAUCCCUCUCCUUCUUCCUCUCCUCACCCUGAUGGAGCGGCCGUCAACCACAUCCGAAGGCCUGGAGCUAUGGGAGACCAGCGACCAGGGAUGUGACAUCAUGCUACGGCACCUGGAGGCUGCGCGAGAUGUUGCAAACAACGCCCAGCACUACACGUCCAAUGCAGAGAAGAUCCUUAAAGGGUUUCAGUGUGACGAAGAUCUGCUGGAGGUUUUUAAAACCGACUUCCAGCUGCGGCUGCUGUGGGGGAGCCGUGGAGCAGCCGUCAACCAAUCAGAUCGCUACAACAAGUUCAACCUCAUCCUUACCGCGCUGUCCAGGAAGCUGGAGCCCACGACCAAAACACAAGCCCUGAUCUGAUUAGCUCUGCACACUUUGGACUCUCAAUAAAAAAGGAGCAAAAUGGAAAAUUAACUUAUGAGACUAUGCUUUUUCGGACAGAAGGACCCUGAACUCCUUCAAAGAACAAUAUAGAUUUUCCCUAAAUAUUGGGGAAAUUUUCUGGCUUUGGAGAUAAGGGAUGAAACUGUGGUUUAAACCACUGAGCCACUAGCAGCUCAGGAAAAGAAGUCGAUCUGGUUCUUUUAUUCCUCUGUUUGAGUCCAGUCCUCACUAUUAUUUGGUCUUUUAUCCCGUUUUCCAUAUUCAUCACAGCAGCUUUAUGCGGUUUGUACAGCACACAACAAAAAUGGUCUUGAUGCUUAAACAGCAGAACAAAGGCAGCCUCUGACCAGCCUCUGUAGGAAAUAUGAGUGAAGUGGCUCCGAGUCAAAUAUUCAGAUGCAGAAUGUGAGAUGGUAGAGAACACAUCUGAUAACUGGUGUCUGGUUUUAUUCUGAGGCUUUAUUUUAAAAUAGUGCGCUAGAUCACAUUAUAUUCUACCACUUUCCAUGAUGCACAUAAGAGUUUUUCACAGUCUGUGAAAAUUCAUAAAAGUAUUUCAUUUUUCAAUCCAUUGGUUAAAAUAUUCUAACUUCAGUUUUAGCUUAUAAAUUAACCUCUCCAUGCAUGCCAAAUAUAUGUAUAUCCUGUUAAAAAAAGUAAAAUUUCCUGUGAUUCCCAGAGGGUUGAGUAAAUAGUUGGUAAGGAAGUGAGGAGAUACACGUCUCAAACCCCCUUGGCUUCAAGAAGACAGAAGAAAAAAAAAUAAACAAAGGUUGUUUUUUUUAUAUAUAUAGUUGACACCACAAGGAAUUUUUCAUUCUUUUGGAGCAUAAUUCAAUUUUUGUAUGCAAAGAUCAGAAGCUACACAGAGGUGAAACGACGACUUCUCUGCUCAUAAUUCUGUAACUGUUUGGGUUUUUGUAACCAAAAAGGUCAAACAGAAAUUUUCUAUGGAGAUUUUUAUUUAAUUCACUAAAAAGAAAAAUCACUAAAACACAAUGUUGUACAUAUUUAAAAAAUAUAUUAGAAUGUAAAUAAAAAUAUGUGCAUUUUAUUGUUUAUAUAAUGUAGAUCUGUCAUGAAAUGUAAUAAAUAUAGUUUAAGAUCUGAAUUCUAUGAAGUGUUGCAUAUUUGGAGGAGAAAACAGAUGUUAGCUUUGAAGUCUGAAUGGCAACAUUGCUGCUUUUUACAGAAACAGAACUGUCGUUUUUUAACUUAUUUUAUUAGAGCAAUUUCCAACAAGAAAAAGAAGCAUGUUUUUUUAACAUAGUAUCUGACAACAUUCAAAGUAAAUAGAAAAAAUGUGCACAACAAUAUGAAGAGUGAAGUACUGCCAUGGUUACAACAUACUGAGAACAGAUUUACAUGUUACUACCCUGCUAAAACCUACAAACUGCUUCUGGGGUCCGUAAGAGGGGGAAAAAAGGGUUACAUUUUAUGAAGGGUCUUAAAUACAAGGUUUCCACAGGACCUGCUUGGAAGAAGAAUAAAAUAAAAACAAGAGAUAUCUGGUCCGUUUCAGGAUCAUAAUCAAAGUAGCUUUCAAUAGAACAAACUGAUUUAGAACUGUAGUAAAAGUCACUGUAGAUCUGCAAGUAGAAAAUCUGUAUAUACUGAAAAAGCUACAUUUGAAUUCCCUGCUGCAACACUUAUGAUUGUUUUUUGCAUUGAAAAAGAUGUAACGCUAUCCAAAUAAUAUUUAUUUCAGGUUCCUACAAAUAA